AUGCAAGAACUGUGGCUCGCUCAGCCGCUGCUCGUCGCCCAGCAAAUCCUCGACGCCAACUUUGCCAACGCCUUCCAAGAGCAGAUUGCAGAGCAGCAGCGCGCAGCUGCCGUCCUGCAGCAGCACGGUGGCGCCUAUGCAUCCAUGUUUGGUCGCGGCGGCUCGCAUGGCGCGGCGAUCGCAGCCAUGGUCGCAAACGACGACGCUGCUGCCAAUGGCAAUGCGGCCGCUUCAUCCGCUGAUGCAUUUGCACGCCCUGCAGAAAUGGCCGAUACGAGUCUCGCUUACGCUCAGGCGAUCGAACGUCAUUACCUCGAGUUGCUCAACGAUCCGUCCAACUAUCACCGUAUCCCGCUGGUGAACAACACACCAGUUUCAUUGUUGAAGCCAAAUACGCUCGUUCGCUUCAGAUGCAUGAUUCAAGACACUGCAGAUGAGCUUUCUAUGGGAGUCGCUGCCUUUUCCGUCACCGACGCUGCCCAACAGACUCGUAUCUUGUCUGGGCUCUAUCGUGACCACGAAUCCAUUGACGAGUGCGAUCAUGGGUCGGAGUCCUUAAUCUCCCGGCAAACUUUUGUCGGUAUCCCCAUUCCAGGCGAAGCUCCUUGGGUUCAAGAGCAUCACCAAGCGCUUGCUCUUUAUCAUGGCGCCGUUUCUUCUGAUCCCGUCGCCACGCCAGCAGCCACUCCGUCGGUGCGCUCAAAGCGUGGCUAUGAAGAGGAUGACGAGCCAGCUGAGCCGUCCUUGAUGCUUCCAACCUCCAACAUUGUCCCGCCCUCCGUCGCCAAACGUGUGCAAUCGGUCGCUGAUCGUGCUCAACUGGAUCGUGUCACUAGCCAACAGGCAAACACACCCCUCUCCGUUGCUGACGCGUUGAGCACUUGUUUCCCCGUGCCGUAUCAGCAAGCGGGGCCUGUGUGCCACAUCAAGAUUUACCAUGGCUAUGACGACGUGAAGGUGGCAUCUGUGCUCGAUGUGGUUGGGAUUUUGACUUUUGAACAAGAUCACUUUGAAGAGCCCGUGUUUGAGCAUGAGGAGUUUCGUCCGUCUUCCCUUGUGCCUCGAAUCCACUGCAUCACCUUCACCAUGCCAAAAUCCACCAAUCCGUUGGUCCCCCAUGCACAAUCAGCCGUGUUUGCUGGAGAGCGCCUCGCCAUCGCAGCUCAAGCGCAAAUGCUGCGCUCGCAUGCCGUUGAUGUCUUUGCCAACAUCCUGCUUGGAGAUCAGCUAGCUGCCGAGUACCUGCUUCUUCACUUGCUGUCGAAUGUCUAUGUUCGCCGCCAGUUGAUGGCGUGUGGAAAACUCUCCUUGAACAUUAGCAACAUUCCGGAUCUGGCUGAAAGCGGAAUGCCAUCCAUUGCCUCUUCGGCGAACGGCCUUGUCAAUGCGCUUGCGCGUACCGUGGGUGCGCUGGUGCCAAACUCUCUUCUCUUGCCUUUGACAGUGAACAACCUGAACACGCUGCGCUUUCGUCCGUUCAAGAACCACACGCUGGGCAAACUUGAAAGCGGCGUCUUCCAACUUCCUCACCACACCCAUUUGUUGGUUGAUGAGACAUCUCUCCAACCUGCACAGCUCGAACCGCGAGGAACGGAAAAUUGCAACACAAUCAGCAACUUGCUGCAGUGGCAAUCUCUUGAAUACGACUUUGAGUAUCACAACAUCACCUUCAAUACCGACUUGCAGGUCCUCAUCACGUCGUCUGGAAAGUCCAUGUUCCCGGCCGACUGCCACGUCCCGCUGGAACCAGUCACCUCUGGCGUCGUGGAUGUGCUUGCGCAGAUGGAUGCCGCCACAUUGGAGCGACUUCGCCUCUAUCUGACAAUGGCUCGCGAUUUCGACUAUUCGUUCGAGCAGCUCGAGAGUGAAGUGCAGAAUGACUUUGUGGCCAUGCGUCGCGCCGACCGUACAGUGACCCAAGAGACUUUCUCCCAGCUGCUAGUCGUUUCACGUCUUCUGAGCUUGAGUUACGGGCAACCUCAGCUCACCCCAGCCUGCUGGCAGCGUGCCAAGGAGCUCGAGCAGCUGCGUGUGGCGCGAUGUGCAGCUCAAUCGCACCGCUGA